AUGGCGUCGAACGGCAAAUCAAAUGCGGAUGCAGAAAUCAAAACCGACAUCAUCACCCUGACCCGUUACCUUACUGAGGCCCAGCAUGAUCUUGGUUCAUAUGCUACUGGUGACUUUACACUGCUAUGCCACGCUCUACAAUUCUCAUUCAAGAGUAUUGCCUAUUAUAUCCGCCGUGCGACUUUGAUUAAUCUCAUUGGACUUGCUGGCUCUGCCAACUCUACUGGAGACGACCAAAAGAAGCUUGACGUCAUCGGUAACGACAUCUUCAUCAAUGCCAUGCGUGGUUGCGGUAAAGUAAAGGUUCUUGUAUCGGAGGAAGAAGAUGAGGCCAUAAUCUUCCCCGGUAACGGCAAGUACGCUGUUGUCUGUGACCCUAUCGACGGCUCUUCCAACUUGGACGCUGGCGUGUCAGUUGGAACAAUUUUCGGAAUCUUUAAGCUUGACGACGGUGCGACUGGGAAAGCGGAAGAUGUUCUUCUUCCCGGAACUGAAUUGGUGGCUUCUGGAUUCACCAUGUACGGUGCUUCAGCCAACUUGGUGCUUACCAUGAAGGGAGGAAAUGUCAAUGGUUUCACACUCGACAACGCUCUUGGAGAGUUCAUUCUCACCCAUCCCGACAUGAAAAUGCCAAAAUCACGCUCAAUCUACUCUGUCAAUGAAGGAAACUCUCUAUACUGGACUGAAGGUUGCAAGGCAUACUUCGAGAGCAUCAAGUACCCUGCUGAGGCAGGCGCAAAGCCUUACUCCGCGCGUUAUAUCGGAUCUAUGGUCGCGGAUGCAUACCGAACAUUGUGCUAUGGCGGAAUCUUUGCCUACCCUGCGGAUAAGAAGAGCCCUAAGGGGAAGCUCAGAAUUCUUUAUGAGUGUGCGCCUAUGGCAAUGGUCAUGGAGAAUGCCGGUGGAUUGGCAAUCACCAGUGAUCGCCAGAGGAUGCUUGACCUUGUACCUGAGCACAUUCAUGAUAGGUCGGGAAUCUUCAUGGGCUCAUACAACGAGGUUAUGAAAGCAAAAGAGAUCCUUGAUAAGCUCGAUUCUAAGUAA